AUGGAGAAAUUAGCAACAUUGUUAGCAUUACUAUUAUACUUUGGAUUAGUUUUUGGAGAAAUUAGUAACAAGUGUGUGUUUCCAGCAAUAUAUAAUUUUGGUGACUCGAAUUCGGAUACCGGUGGAAAAUCAGCAGCAUUCCGUCAAGUGCCUCCACCCAAUGGUCUGACUUUCUUCGGCAGUCCCAUGGGCAGAGUGUGCGAUGGUCGUCUCAUCAUAGACCUCAUAGCGGACAGGUUGGAGUUACAGUACUUGAGUCCGUAUUUAGAUUCAGUAAUGGCAAAUUUUAGAAAUGGUGCAAACUUUGCAACAGCAGGUUCAUCUAUACUUCCUGGUGGUUAUAGUCCUUUUAGCCUUGAGGUUCAGAUUUCUCAGUUUUUACAAUUCAAAAAACGGACUAUUUUGCUCUCUGAUUUAUCAAUUCCAAAUAACUCAAAAUGGUCUUCAAAAGUCAACAUUGCAAAUCCACAAGAUUUUUCAAAGGCACUGUACACAUUUGACAUUGGACAGAAUGACCUUUCUUAUGGUUUUCAACAUACCCAUGAAGCACAAGUCAGAGCAUCCAUUCCACUAAUCAUAGGCAAUUUUACUCAAGCUAUUCAUCAACUAUACUAUGAAGGGGCUGUGAAUUUCUGGAUCCACAAUACUGGUCCCAUUGGCUGUUUGCCCUACAGUGUGAUAGAUUAUCCAUUGAAGCCUCAGGGCUUGGAUGGCAUUGGGUGCAUAGAGAACCAAAACAAGGUGGCUCGUGAGUUCAACGAGCAACUCAAGGACAGGAUAUUACACUUACGAGCAGAGCUUCCUCGUGCUGCAUUUACUUAUGUUGACAUUUAUUCAGCUAAGUAUCAACUAAUUAGCUCUGCCAAGGAACAAGGGUUUGGAGACCCAUUGAAAUUUUGCUGUGGAUGGUACAACAAUGGUUCUGAAGUUGCAUGUGGACAGACAGCUAUAGUGAAUGGCACAGAGCAUGGGAAGGCAUGUAGUGAUCCCACAAAGUACAUUAGCUGGGAUGGGAUACAUUACACAGAUGCUGCAAAUGUCUGGUUAGCCAAAUCAAUUCUCAAUGGCUCUUUCUCAGACCCUCCAGUUCCUAUUGAACAAUCUUGCAGUCACUCAUCCACCAGAGUUUAACAAGAUGUGCUUUGGACAGGCCACGAUUAUCCUGCAAUUUCCAAGAUUAUUACUGUCAUUUAUAUAGAGCUUUAU